UCGAGCUUCCGCAGCUCAUGCACAGCUGUGCCCGGAGAACAGCUAUUACUAUUAGCCUAGACUCUAGAGCUGGCUAAAGCCUGGAGGAAGGACUCAGGUGGGCGCCCAUUCCUGAUUUCCUACCUAUCAGUGUCACAGAGUUUUGAGGUCCAGAGGAGUCGGAUACAAUCGUGCUGAGCACGCACUUUGCGGGUUUGGAAAUUGGGAGAUUGUAUUAGGUGCCACCUUUGCUGCACAGCAUGGAUCCCUUCGCAGGACCACCAGACAAGAGGCGGGCGUUCGAUGAUGCAGGGCAAUCAAACGGCGUUCAGCGCGAUCGGAUGUGCAAACGUUACGACACGCCUGAAGGUUGCCCCUUUGGUGAUAGGUGUCGAUUCAGCCAUGGAGCGGAUGACCCUCGUUUCAAAGGAGCGGCCAACGGUGCCAGUCAGAAGCAGCCUUGCCAAAAGUUUUUCAGCACAAACGGUUGCCCAUACGGCGACACGUGUCACUUCACCCACCAUGUGAGCGGCCCGCCCCCUCGGAUCAUCAUCGGCAGCGGCCAGUCGGCGGCGGCCGCCCCCCUUCCUAGUUACAGGGCGCCAGAGCCGGAUCAGGGCCAACAAAACAUGAAGACGCGCAUGUGCAGAAACUUCCAGGAGGGGAACUGCACCUUCGGCGACCGGUGCCAUUUUGCCCACGGCAACCAAGAGAUGCGCGCCGGCCCCCCCCGCAGCGCACCCCCGUCCGGGUUCACUUCCACGAUGGCCCCCGAGGGUUCGGGGGUCAAAGAGUUCCCCCUCCUGUGGGGAGAAUCGGCCACUGACGCGGCGGGUAAUGUUACUAUGAUGGCGACGAUCACGUUCCCACAAGAGAUGGCGGGUUCGAUUAUCGGGAAGGGGGGCCAGAACGUGAGGCAGAUCCAAGUUACUUCAGGCGCGAAGGUCACUCUCAAGCCCAGUCCCGCUGACCCGAACAAUCUGAAAGAUGUCGACAUCGAGGGAACGGGCGCCGCGGUGCAGUCGGCGGCGGGGCGUGCACGUUCGGGGACAAGUGCCAUUUUGCCCAUGGGCAAGCGGAUCUGCGGACAAGGACAGACCAGCCGGCUGCUUAUGGGGCCCAGCCAGCUGCUUAUGGGGGCCCGCCGCCAUAUCAGGCGGGUCCUCCGGGUGGGGUCGCAGCUUACUAAGCUGUCUAACGAAAAGAAGGAAUAUAUCGACUAA